UCUGGAUCCGUAAUUCAUCAAAACUGCAAAUCACGCAAUCACUAAUCUGCAGUAGCACUUGCAGAUUCCAAAUAUAUGGUUGAGCACUCUCUGUGCCGCGACCAAUACUUUCUUUCACGCAGACCAGGAAACCAAUAGAGAGAAUCCAUGUCCGAGGACGCGCCCAUCCAACCGCUCGACCAACUCGGCGGCAAGGGCAGCAGCACCGGUAGCAAUAGCAAUAGCGAGAAUGGCUCUCCGCAGCUGACAGACCCCCUGGGAUUUGCAUCACGGUUCUUCCAGCAGAUUGGCAGCAGGUCUCUUGAGGAGGAGGACGACGAUGAUGACGAUGACGACGACGAUGACGAUGACGACUCCAGAAGCGAGUCCGAAGACUCUGAUACCAAUCAUCCAAGUUUCGGAAAUGGUGGCGAUGCGACAACGACUCGCGCUGCAGGCGUCAGGUACAACGAAAAUAAAUCAGGAAAGAACAAGUUUUUAAAUGGCCAAGAGGAUACGAAUCAGGAUGGUCACCAGUCGAAGCGCACAAAGCUGGAGGCGGUUGCCAAUCUCAUCAACUCAGGUCUUCCUGACCUCGCCAGCAGCCCUACGCCUCCUCAGUCAGGAACCCAGGACAAGAAGCUGAUUAUGAAUCCAAGCGAACUCGUCCACUUUAAUCUCAACACGCCUAUAUCCAGAGGAAGUAGCUCGAACGCCAUUUCUCCACAGUUGCCCCGUCAGCUGCAACAGUGGCAACAGCAGCAGUCGACGAUGAACCCCAGCCCAAGGCCCCAGUCAUUCCAAUCAUUUCAGAGUCAACUGCAACCACAGCUUCAGCGACAACUAAGCCAAAAAUCAGCACACAGCCAUCAGGGUCUGUCAACAUCACAGAACGGCUAUCAGAAUGGAUCACAAGAGCAACCGCAGGCUGUUGCUUCGUCCAUCACCUCAACCUCUUUGACGCCGUCGUCUAUUUUGAAGGAAAGCACCGGCCGGAUUAUUGACUUAACAGAGGAGGAGCCAACGCUGAUAUCCGAUGACGAGGUCGUCAUCGAUGAAUCCAGAACAACAGCUGUCGCCAACAGGAACAUGUGUUUUGGAAUGAUCCAGUCGCUGGUUGUCACUCUAUACCCCCGCCAUCUCGAAUUCAUUGAAGGGAAGGCUGACAGAGUCAUUAUCAAGCGUGCUAUUACAGCCAACAAGGCUAGUCUGGCAGUCGAGCACGAAGCGGGAUUGUACGGAUAUAUUGUAUCGGAGCUAGCAGAGACGCUUGUGCCUUUGGUGGACGCAAACAUGAUUUGGUGGGAUGCGUACGUUCCCAGACAGAGGAAACAAAACCGCUCCUGUCAACAUAAUCCUUUACGGCAGACCGGAAUAUCAGAUGACGGUAGCAAAGGCGCUAUAUGGAAAAGUGAGGCUGGAAGAGCCGAUAUCGUUUGACCAUCGGACUCGGUACAGCAACCCACUGGUUCCAGCAUCGGGAGAAACGCUGUCGCUCUACGACAAAUGGCGAGGCAUUUCAAAUCCUUCACUCUUUUCUGGCGGACCAGGCGCUGGUUCGUAUGGCUACUCUGGCUACUCUGGAUAUUCUGGAUAUAGCGGAUCGAGCGUUCGUUCUGCGGAGGAGGUAAAGAAUCAGAUCGACGGA